CACAGAUGUUCUAUCACACUUUUGACUACCCGUAAGUUACUGGAGUUGGAAACUUGGCGUUGAUUAUCGUUGCUACCCUAUCACAACGGUUGUCACGUGCUUUUACGAGCCUUUCCGUUUUUAAACGGAACAAUUGAGGUCGGCCUCAGUGUCUAGGGGUGCUAGCCUGGAUACAUGUGAUACAAAAGGAAGUUAGGCCCUUUUAAAUCUGAUACAAUAUGCAUCUACCACAUCUACUAAAGAAUUGAAAACAAAGAAGACGCCUUAAGUAGGAAUACAAAACGCAAGGUUUUAUAGGGAAAAAAAAUUAUUACUCCCUAACUAACGCACAUAUUCUGGUGAGGAUCUGAGAUAACUCUCGUACAUGACGCUGGCUAUUACUGGAAUCCACUGCACUUUUACCUUUCCACCUAAUUCACCGAUCUUGCACAUGCCUUCCAUGAUGGCACCAACUAAGUCCGUGAUACCCGGCUCUUUUUCCCAAGAUCUCAAGAGCAGAUCUUGUGUUGAAGAAGACUACUACAUCCUUGAGCUUUCGCUGCCGAAUUUUGUAUUUAUUGUCCUGUUGGUAAGGAAAACGAGAAUCUGUACAAAAUGCAUGUUUAGGCCUUCGGCACUUUUGGCAACUGUGGUAGUCGUGCCUUUUUUCGUUUGCUGUGGUCGCAGAUUAUAAACUGUUUCCUUGUAGGAUAAUUAUUCCAUCAAUCGCGAAACUUUCUUUUCGUCUUUCAGAUUGAGUUUUUCACAUGUUACAAUCCAUUUUCCCGUUGUUUUUUGUUUUUGUUUUUGUUUGCAUUACCGACUUCCUUACGAACCUCGGCUGACAAUUUUUUUGUAAGCAGCACGAGCCGCUACCGUCUUCAAUUGUCCAGCUUUGGUCCGUGGUUUUAUUCUUUUCCCGUGAAGGCUACGCCAACCCUUUGUUCCAGAAAGAUCGGAAGUUGCAUUUCACCUGUGUUCUCGGAAUUGCCUUUUUUGCCAUUUUGAGGAUGUCACUUACAAAUUUAUUGUAAGCAACAUCGAUGUUCUCAUAGGUAUCGGGAAUCCCAGCUGAUUCCACGAUCGUGCUGUCCAUUCAUGCACGGAAUCAAGUCCAUUUGGCUUUGUCAGACAGCCAAUGCCUCCUGGCAAAACUAAGGUUUAAAGUAACACCAGUUCUAGUGUUAUGGGAGUAGGCCUAGGGUACUACCAAUUUCAAUUAGAUCUUCAUAUUGGACUUUGGCCUCGAGCUCCACCGAGACCAGUGUUAUGUCUGGACGAGACAGGGCACUGUUGCCCUUUUGGAGCAGUGUUGGUGCAGUGUUGAGACCUCCUCCAACAAACGCCCAAGGCGUUUUUGUCAGGGUAGCCCUUAUACUUCAUCUGUGCGUUGAAAUCACCCGCUAUAAUGAUGACAACCGACACCUUGCCUAGUGCUCCCAGUCGCACGUUUGCUUACAGUUGGACUGAGCCCUGUCACCGAUCUGCAAGUGGGGAGGGUGUUUGAAAUCCGCACGCUUAGAUGAUUGUCAGUUGUACUAGCUAUAUGUUUAAAUAGCGGAUAGGAUUUUUUCUCCUACCUUCUCUCGGGGAUAGCCCGCUGUAGCAAAACUCUCCUUCGCCUUGGGAGACGGACAAUUAUUGACGUAGUUUUUUCUUUAACUUCGUGCAGUCGAAUCUGCCAUACUAGUCCGCCCCGCCACGUAGUAGCUAAACCCGUGCGGACUCACUGAAAAUUCCGAAUCAUUACAAUAAUUUGUAGAUUACGUGGUUUAAGAAAUCUGGUACCCAUUUCUUUCCUUGGAGCAAAUUUAAACAAACACAGUAGAGCCCCGUUGUAUCAAAUGCAGUAUUGGAAAAACAGCAAGAAGCUUCUUAACAAACUUUUCACAGUGCAAAAUAACGAUUUGAAAUUUUCUUAUGUAGCCAAUACUCUUGCUACGAGCAACUAAACUUUGGCUUCAGUUAUACAUCAUUUUAAAGCUGAAUUAACUCUGCUUAAAAAAAACGAACUGUCUCAGUAUUCGAAAAUGAUUUUCGUCACCAGAUUUGGAAUAUCAUUCAAAAUUUAUGCUAAGUCACAUAUCCAUAUGUAGCAUUUUGUUCAUCCGUCAAGCUUGAAAAGGGCCAUCUAGUCAUCCGGUUAGGGGAUGUUUGGGGUCACGGUGAAGUCGUAGGUGGCUUGAUAGUCUGAUCUGUGCUCUGAAUAGUCUCUGACAGCGCGGGCAAAGGAUAGUUGAUGUAGUCGGUGGUGCAAGGUUGCCUUUUCGGGCUAGCCUGUGUGUCUCGGCUGUCGCUAUCCCUCUGGUUUCAUGAAAUCGAGCCCCCUUCUUGACAGCUGAUCUCCACUUGGCUCUGUCCUGGGCUGUCUGUACCCAUUCAAAGAGGUUGAUGCUGAAGGCCUUUAUUGCCGCUUUCAUGUUUUUGUAUCAAUGUUGCAUAUCCAAAACGGUGAGAUUAUACGUUCAACAAAUUUAUAUUGUCUUCGCCUGUUUUUCAUCCUCUUGGGGAAAUUUUGCCUUGUGGCACACUUAUCAUCCUGUCGCACACAUUAAUGUUUCGCGGAACACAGAUCGUGGAACACUGAUCCAUUGUACCCUUAAAACAAUAAGCUAGUCACACCUUUCAAAAAUGAUUCAGUGUUAGAGUAAAAUAAUUCAAUACCUUUAGUAUAACUAACUUUUAACUAGAAUAUGACGUCACCAGUACAGGUGGAAAGCGUCUCAUAAUUUGUUGUUUUUUUAAAAAUUAUAAUAAAGAAAAGAAUAAUGAACCACAUAGGGAAAUCUUUAACCAUCCUAUUGUAUAUAAAUAAUUUAUAUUUCAUUUUGAUAUUGUUGUUGUUGUUACUUUUUCUCAAAUAGAAAUCCAAUGCUAACUUUAUGCAUUAAAGUUAGGCCAGAAAGCUCCAAAAUCUCAUACACAUUAUAUUUACGGAUGGGUUCUGAGCCCACUGACCUUUCAUAUGAUCUGAGGUAAAUGAAACGGGUUUUUGUUCCAAAUGUAAACACUAUUUAAAAGAUAUGAAAUGAGGUAAAUAACACAUGUUUUUAAGGUAGCGCUCUUCAAAAGAUCAAGUGUUGCCAUUCGUUUAAGAUAUUUUAAUGAUGCAGUCCUUAAAAAAUAAUUGAACUCGAAAUAUAAAUGUAGUUUAACGUCAUCUUAUGAUAAUAUUAAAGACUUUAAUAUACACUAUUGUUGUUGAACCCGCUAUAAAUAUAAAUAGAUCUUUGAAUUAUAUUAAUAAUAGUCUAUAUCCAUUUGCUAAAAGGGAACUGGUUAAAACAUUUUCAAUGGCAAGGCCAGCUGGAGUUAAAAGCGAUUUCAUAUAACUGAGAAUUUUUUUUUUAAAGUUUAUGCAUUAGAUAUUAACUUUACUUAAUGUGCUUAAACGAUUAUACUUGUUAAUUUUUCUCCAGGAGGAAAUUGACAAGAGAUAUGAUUGGUCCCUGUGGGGAAUUUUGUAUUCCACCUAGAACAUUUGCAACAUCUGGGAGAAUGUAUAUUGGGUUAAAACCAGAGCUCGGUAAUUUAUUCAAGCAAAUUCAUAAGCAAUUUGGACACAUUUCUUAUAUUAACAAAAGCUGAGUUAUCUUUAUAUACAAAAUGCUUACAGACUAAACAAAAAUAUUAUUAAUUUUCGUUAAAACAUCUGAACAAAUGAUCUUAAUAUAAAAUAAUGAAUAUUUUCCUGAUGUAGUUAAUUACAGUUAUCGGGAUAAUACAUUUUCAAUGCUAACCUUUGGUUUGAGUUAAGUCAAAGUUUCAAUUUACUUUAUAAAUAAUAUGUUUCUAAUUAUUGCUUCAGAUGAAACAGAAAAACCAAAAUCAAGCUCUGGUAUUCAAAAGCGGGAUGGUAAGAAAAGAUUCAUUUAAACUUCCAUUAGUUGGUCAGACUAAAAAAAAACACAACUUUUUUUUGGAGCUAAUUAUAAAUGAUGUUUUAUUUUAUGGAUUUAAUCAAUUUUCUCCAUCAGGCUUAACUAUUGAUAAUUUUGUGAACAUUAGGUUGUAUUAGAGAAUUUUAAGUAUAUAAAAAGUCAGAUUGUUAAUUUUUUUUUGAGGUUAACUAAAAAGCCCUUUUUCAUAUCUCUUAGCGUUGUAUGACAAUCUGGAUUCGAUGUACUUAUUUGGCGUGACUACUCUAGCAUGUUUUGCCUGGGACACUACAAUUAAUGAUUGGAAUCCUGCCCUCUGUAAGGUAUGGUGAAAAUAAAGAGUGGGGUUAACAAGCUUACCAUAAAUUUGUGUCUUUGUUUCUCUUUGUCUGGACCACUUGCUACUACACACCAGUGCCAUGAAAGUUUUUAACAGAAUGGCAAAACCAUUUGUUUAUAUCACGAGUUAUUAAACCUAAAACUUCUUCUAUUUGGACUUGAAUAUAAUAAAACUGAUCAGGGAAAAAGAUUGAGACAAAGCAUUGGAAAACAAUUUAACUAAAGCUUGAAACACAAAAACCAUUUGACCGUGCCCUUUGUAUUUUAAGAGCAUACGAAUAGGACUGAAUUAAAACGGAAUUUAUAACAGAGAUUCUAAUAAUUUUGUUUGAUGUUUUAAAAAUUGUAUUAAUUUAAAUAAAAGUUUUAAGCCUUGCAAAAAUGGACAGCCUGAAAUUGUCCAUGUUGACUUAUUUUUAUUUGCUAUACGAUUUCUUUGCUUCAGAUGACCAACAUAAAUGGUAGCAUUAUCUGCACCUGUCAGGAUGGAAGAGAAAU